GGCGGGGACACGUAGUGCGCGCGGCCGGAGGUGGAGCGGCGGUGGCUGCUGAGCGGGAGCCCGGGGUGGGUUCCAGGUGAGCGAGACGCUGCGCAGUGUGGAGCCCGCUGGCCGCCGCGGAGCCAUGGAGAUCGGCACCGAGAUCAGCCGCAAGAUCCGGAGUGCCAUUAAAGGGAAAUUGCAAGAAUUGGGCGCUUAUGUGGUGUGGACCAUGCACUGUGCCUGCCUGCCUAUUGUGUGUAUGUGUGUGUGUGUGUGUGUGUGUGUACACAGUUAACUCAUGAUAAUCUCCAGGAGAGCCCUGAAAGAUGAAGAACUUCCUGAUUACAUUAUGGUGAUGGUGGCCAACAAGAAAAGUCAGGACCAAAUGACAGAGGACCUGUCCCUGUUUCUAGGGAACAACACAAUUCGCUUCACCGUAUGGCUUCAUGGUGUAUUAGAUAAACUUCGCUCUGUUACAACUGAACCCUCUAGUCUAAAGUCUUCUGAUACCAACAUCUUUGAUACUAAUGUGCCUUCAAACAAGAGCAGUUUCAGUCGGGGAGAUGAGAGAAGGCAUGAAGCUGCAGUGCCUCCCCUUGCUGUUUCGAGCGCUAGACCUGAGAAAAGAGAUUCCAGGGUUGCUGCAAGUUCACAAGAGCAGAAAACAAGUAGCAUGAGACAGACUUAUGAUGAGGGAGCGGCAACGCGGCUGAUGUCAACAGUGAAACCUCUGAGGGAGCCAGCGCCCUCUGAAGAUGUGAUUGAUAUUAAACCAGAACCAGAUGAUCUCAUUGAUGAAGACCUCAAUUUUGUGCAGGAGAAUCCCUUAUCUCAGAAAAAACCUACUGUGACUCUUGCAUAUGGUUCUUCUCGGCCUUCUAUUGAAAUUUAUCGACCACCUGCAAGUCGAAAUGCAGAGAGUAGUGCUCAUUUAAACAGGUUACAAUUUCAGCAGCAGCAAAACACUAUUCAUGCUACCAAACAGCUGGAUAUACAGAACAGUCGGGUGUAUGAAACUUGUGAACCAGAAAUGCUUAACAGCUUAGAAGAGACUUACAGUCCUUUCUUCAGAAACAACUCAGAGAAAAUGAUUAUUGAGGAAGAAAAUUUCCGAAAGAGAAAAUUACCUGUGGUAAGUUCAGUUGUUAAAGUAAAAAAAUUCAGUCAUGAUGGAGAAGAGGAGGAGGAGGAGGAGGAUUACGGCUCCCGGGCCGGAAGUGUGUCCAGCAGUGUGUCGGUGCCAGCCAAGCCUGAGCGGAGACCUUCUCUUCCACCUUCUAAACAAGCUAACAAGAAUCUGAUUUUGAAGGCUAUAUCUGAAGCUCAAGAAUCUGUAACAAAAACAACCAACUAUUCUGCAGUCCCUCAGAAACAGACACUUCCAGUUGCUCCUAGAACACGAACAUCACAAGAAGAAUUGCUAGCAGAAGUGGUCCAGGGGCAAAGCAGGACCCCUAGAGUCAGCCCCCCUAUUAAAGAAGAGGAAACAAAAGGAGAUAAUACAGAAAAAAGUCAAGGAACUCAACAGAGGCAGUUGUUAUCCCGACUGCAGAUUGACCCAGUCAUGGCAGAGACACUACAGAGUCAAGAUUACUAUGACAUGGAAUCCAUGGUCCAUGCAGACACAAGAUCAUUUAUUCUGAAGAAGCCAAAGCUGUCUGAGGAAGUAGUAGUGGCACCAAACCAAGAGUCGGGGAUGAAGACUGCAGAUACCCUGCGGGUACUUUCAGGACACCUUAUGCAGACACGAGAUCUUGUACAACCAGAUAAACCUGCAAGUCCCAAGUUUAUAGUGACGCUGGACGGUGUCCCCAGCCCCCCAGGAUACAUGUCAGAUCAAGAGGAGGACAUGUGCUUUGAAGGAGUGAAACCCGUAAACCAAACUGCAGCCUCAAACAAGGGACUCAAAGGUCUCCUCCACCCACAGCAGCUGCAGUUGGUGAACAGGCAGCUUGGUGACCCAGAUGGUAGCUUUUCCUACGUGGAGAUGAGUGAGCUGAAUGUGGCACAGAAACCAGAAAAGCUUUUGGAGCGCUGCAAGUACUGGCCUGCUUGUAAAAAUGGAGAUGAGUGUGCGUACCACCAUCCCAUUUCCCCUUGCAAAGCCUUCCCCAAUUGUAAGUUUGCUGAAAAAUGUUUGUUUGUUCAUCCAAAUUGUAAAUAUGAUGUGAAGUGCACUAAACCAGACUGUCCCUUCACUCAUACCAACAGAAGAAUUCCAGUACUGCCUCCAAAGCCAGCAGUUACAACACCAGCAUCUCCUUCUACCAGUCAGCUCUGCCGUUAUUUCCCAGCUUGUAAGAAAAUGGAAUGUCCCUUUUAUCAUCCCAAACACUGUAGAUUUAACACUCAGUGUACAAGACCAGACUGCGCAUUUUAUCAUCCCACCAUUACUGUACCACCGAGACAUGCCUUGAAAUGGAUCCGACCUCAAACCAGCGAAUGAUAGCCAGUCCUACUUGGCAGAAGAUCAUGCAGUUUGAAAGGUUCUUCCUACCGAUGAAAGAUAAUCUACAGAACUUGUCAAAUCUUUGAAACUUGGAAUACAAUGCUUUCAUAAUAUGAAGUUUAUUGCCUAUCUGAAGUGUCUAAUUUUUCAAGUUUGUAAGUUUAUUAUUAAGUGGUUUGACAUUGGGUGUUUUGUUGUUUUGUUUUUAGUAUGGAAAGAGGCGUGUCUGUACCCGGGGUGAGAGCCAGCCUCUCUGCAGUGCGCCCCUGUGAAUGACGGGCUGCAGCCUAGGGCUGCGCCUCCAGUGAAGCCGAGUCAUUCUCAGGAGCCGAGGCUGCUGUCACUUCUCCCAGAGAUGUGCUAAUGCUUGUGAUCUGUCUGCAGCAGCAGGGCUGGCAGCACCGAGGGUAUUUUAAAUAGUCAUUGAAGUUGUGCUUUUUAUAUUUUAAAUGAAUGUCGUCUGAAAAGUAUAACACAGGCAUUUCAGUUUGAGUGCCACUUUGGCAAAAUUGCCCUUCAGUUCUGUGCCUUCUGUGAAG